AUGUUCGACGCAGAACAGCGCCGCAGGAGGCUGCUGUUCAGACACCGUAGGGCUCCCGGACCCGCAGCCACCCCACACCCCUGCAGCAGCAGCAGACGCAGCAGCAGCAGCAGAUGCAGCAGCAGCAGCAGUAGCACGUGCAGCAGCAGAAGGGCCUGGCGGAGGAGCCGCAGCAGGAGCUCGAGUCGCGGCAACAGGCACCCGCCGCCCGUCAAACAGCGCAGCGCUUGGUCUCUGCUGCAGCAGCAGGAGGGAGGAGCAGCAGCAGCAGCAGCAGCAGCAGCAGCAGCCACGCAGCUCAUCCCAGCAGCCUCACCGCCUUCUUUGGGGGCCCCCAGGGGGGCCUCUGGGGAACCAGAGGGGCCUCCAAGGGGCCCCCAGGGGGCCCCUGGGGGCCCCCAGGGGCCCCCUGGGGGCUCUUGGGGGCCCAGAGCGCAUGCAGAUGGACCUGCUGCUGCUGCUGCCUGGGGCCCCACAGGGGGCCCUUCAUUGCUGCCUGCUGCUGCUGCUGACCAACUUUUGGGUGCAGAAGAGCCAGUGCCCCAGCAGCAGCAGCAGCAGCAGCAGCAGCAGCAGCAGCAGCAAGGGGAACAGGAGGAGCUCGUCCAGCCGCAGCAGAGACGGAAGAUUCAGCUAAAGCCCCGCCAGCGAGACGAGCAGCAGCUGCUGCUGCAGUGUCGAAAGAUAGAGCAGCAGCAGCAACAGCAGCAGCAGACUCCAGAAGCACACGACGACGGCUUUUUGGAAGGGCAGCAGCAGCGAACGGUGCAGCUGCAGCAGCAGCGCCGGACGGUUCAGUUGCAGCAGCGGCACGAGCAGCAGCACGAGCAGCAGCACGAGCAGCAGCACGAGCAGCAGCAGAAGCAGCAGCCGGCGCUGCAGCACCACUGGCAGGAAGAGGGCUGGGGCAGCAGCUGCCAGCGGUGGCGCAGCCUUGGGGGCGGGCAGCAGCAGCAGCAGCAGCAGCAGCAGCAGCACGGCGAGGUGCAGCAGCAGCAGAUGGGACGGCGCUGCAUUUUAAAGGAUUCCCCUUUUGUGAGGUCUUUGCCUGUCCUACGAGCAGCACGAGCCUUGGAGUGCUGCCGCAGCGCUGCAGCAGCAGCAACAGCAGCAAGAGGAAAGCAGCAGCAGCAGCAGCAGCUCGUAGCGCCUGGCCGCAGCAGCCGCUGCUUGGAGCUGCACCCUGUGCGGCGGCAGCAGCACUGUGUGCCUGCAGCAGCCUUGGGAAGGCGGUACCCAGGGUCUUGA